UGCUCGACAAAGGUCGCGCAGUCCGACGUGCCGCUCGUGUGAUAGUGCAACCGAUAUGCAGGCCAGGACGGACGACCAUUGAGUGCUAUAGCAGCAGCAGCAGUAUACGAUAUAGCAGACGAUAAGAUUACGCAGCCGGCGCAUACGUGCUCGCGGCCCGCGCGGCCAGCUUUAUCUUUAUUUUCCGUUUUAUUUUUCGCCUUCCCUCGCUCCUCCUGCACACGCCUGCGUAAUAAUAAUAUAUAUUGUGGCUCGAGAGGAUCGACGAGAUAAAUCCACUGAGGAAAUUCUUCAUUUUCAUUUAGGACGGAAGUGAAAGUUGUUUGUGGGUGAUAAUAUGCGGUUCGGAUGAAGUCGCACUUGUGCAGUGGUGAUGAUGAUGCAAAUUUUUUAAAUGAUUUCCAAGACACGUCGACGAAAUUCUCGAGAUCAGCAGUAGCGGCAACAUCUCUAAUCCGCUGCACUGGAGUUGAGAAGCAGCUCGUCGAGCUGUCGGCCGAAGCAGCAGGAGUGUUUGCGGUGUCGGUGGCGGUGGUGGAUGCAGCCGUAGCAGCUGCGUAGCACAAUGCCGCCGGUAUCAAUCGGCGAAACGUUGCGCGUCUGGCUGCUGUCGGCCCUGCUGGUGCACGGCGCCGUCGCCGGCAAUCCCGACGCCAAACGACUCUACGAUGAUCUUCUUUCCAACUACAAUAAACUCGUCAGGCCCGUCGUUAAUACCUCCGACGUGCUGCGGGUUUGCAUCAAGCUCAAGCUCUCCCAGCUCAUCGACGUCAACUUGAAAAAUCAGAUAAUGACGACAAAUCUCUGGGUGGAGCAGUCCUGGUACGACUACAAACUUCGCUGGGAGCCGAAGGAGUACGGGGGCGUGCACAUGCUGCACGUGCCUUCGGAUCACAUAUGGCGACCGGAUAUUGUGCUCUACAAUAACGCGGACGGAAACUUCGAGGUGACCUUAGCAACAAAGGCCACCAUCUAUCAUCAAGGCUUGGUUGAAUGGAAGCCACCGGCGAUUUACAAGUCUUCCUGCGAAAUUGACGUCGAAUACUUCCCAUUUGACGAGCAAACCUGCGUACUCAAGUUUGGUUCUUGGACCUACGACGGCUUCAAGGUGGAUUUGAGGCACAUGGACGAAAAAACGGGCAGCAACAUCGUCGACGUUGGCGUCGAUCUGUCCGAGUUCUACAUGUCCGUCGAGUGGGACAUACUCGAAGUUCCAGCAGUUAGGAACGAAAAGUUUUACACGUGUUGCGACGAGCCUUAUCUGGACAUCACGUUUAACAUAACGAUGCGCCGGAAAACACUUUUCUACACGGUCAACAUCAUCAUUCCAUGCAUGGGAAUAUCGUUUCUCACGGUGCUUACUUUUUACCUACCCAGCGAUAGCGGAGAAAAGGUGACGCUCUCCAUCUCGAUUCUUAUCAGUCUUCACGUGUUCUUCCUACUAGUUGUUGAAAUUAUACCGCCGACGUCGCUGGUGGUGCCCUUACUAGGCAAAUAUCUCAUAUUUGCCAUGAUACUAGUUUCGAUAAGUAUAUGCGUCACAGUGGUCGUCCUCAACGUCCACUUCCGUUCGCCUCAAACGCACAAGAUGGCACCCUGGGUCAAGAGGGUUUUCAUUCACAUACUGCCGAGGCUGCUGGUCAUGCGGAGACCCCAAUACAAAUUCGAACCCACGAGGUUCACGUCGACGAGGGCCCUGGUGAGGGGCAUGAGAGGCCAAAGAGACAAGUCUUAUUAUCCCUACCUGUCGAGUCACGACAUAAGCGACGAGCAUCUGACACCUUCCAAGAGAUUUCACAGCCGCACCUCCUCAAAGGAUGAUCUUUCGCCCUCAAGCCUGACCGACGGGGCGCGCUUCGGCGGCAGCUGUCUGAUCCACGGGCCGUCGCUACCCAGGCUACCGCUGCACGCCGACUGCGAGGACCUGCAGGUCGGGCCGAGCGCCGAAGUCGCGGCGGCGGCGGCCUUCGUCGACGGCACCAAGAGUCCCGUGCUGAGGCCGCCCUCAAGCUUCUCGCACUCCAAGUGCCCGCCCGAGAUCCAUCGCUCCUGCCUCUGCGUGCGAUUCAUCGCCGAGCACACAAAGAUGCUCGAGGACUCGACCAAGGUGAAAGAGGACUGGAAGUACGUGGCGAUGGUGCUGGACCGGCUAUUCCUGUGGAUAUUCACGCUGGCCGUGCUCGUCGGUACGGCCGGCAUUAUUCUGCAGGCGCCGACGCUCUACGACGACCGAGUUCCUAUCGACAAGAAGUUCAGCGAAUUCGCGACCACGACGGUCGUCAAGUGUCCGCCCCACAAGGGGGCAAAGUUCAUCAAUUUACGCAGGUAGACAUCGGAGAAACUCGCCGCAGCGGCUAGAUUGAUAUCCGAUCAGCAUCGGAAAUUGCCAACUUCGUUUACCAACUCGACUCUCUUCGGAAGCGCCAACUAUUCGAAGCAAUUUACGCUGCGCGCCAUAAUCGAACUUUCUCUCUCUUUCCCUCUCUCGUUCCCUGGCUACUUCAUAAAAUACAUAUAUCGAUAGGUAUAUGCUAUGCUGUCACGGCGAUGCACUGUUUAAAUACUUCGCUCCUCGAGAAAAGCAGACCGUGCAUUAUCCUAUUGUUUUUUCGGGAUCGACGACGACGAACUCGCGUAAGUAAUCAAAUAUGGGUUGAGAGUGAGAUUUUUGUUAUCGCGCCUUCGGACGUGUAAUUUGAUAAAGGAGCCUGCGCUUGAGUCAUAUCCGAUGCUACGCUUAUCGAAGAAGAUCGAGGGCUAAAGUACAUGCGCACAUUCGACUCGCACCCAAAUGGACGAACAGAGGCGGACAUUUUUUAUAAGUAACAUGUAACGUGAGACCGAACGAUACACUCAACUUGAUACAAGUGCCCAAUUUACGAAUAGUAUUAUAUUUUCGGUAGAGACAGACUUUUUGCAAAAACUUAUUGUAUAGACGAUAUAACAUAGUAUAGAUAAAUAUGUUAACUCGCACGCAAUUUUUAGGGAAAAUUAAUGUCUACAAUUUAUAAUAUAUACAAUAUACUUAGUAUUUAGAUACUAAUUUUCUCUGGGAAUUUCUCGAAUUAGCGUACGAAAGGUAGGCAACUGAAAAAAUGUUCAUCGUAUCGAGCCAUUCUGCGCUCGUACAAUUCUCGGAGGAAAAAGGGGAAAAGUUAUGUCGUGUAAACUAAAUUCUAUGUAAAAGUAAAAAUAAACAUGUGGGUCAAUGAACGCGAUUGCGUAAACCUUAUAGUUGUAUUUAUUUUUUCUAUAUAAUGAAAUAGAUCGACGGUGACUGCAAAGACAGCGAACAUUUUUAAAAUCGAACAAGUUGAAGCUUAAAAAUAUUUGUUAGAUAGUUCAUAAUGGGAUUCAAAUAACCAAAAUCAAUUAAAUUUUUAAACUUUAUCAAAAUAUUAUUAUUACUUUUCUAAUGUAAAAAAGAUAGAAAUAGUGACGAGUUUUACCUUCUAUGAAUCUAAUGUAAUCAUUAUGAAUUGGUUCAUUAUUAUGACCGUGAACAUUUUUCACAUCAAUUAUGAAGAAAUAAUUUUCAUUUUUAUCUCUUUUAUAUCGAUAUGUUAUUGGAAGGAUCUUCGAAGCCACCGCCGAAAUAAUACUUAUAAAAAAAUAUAUAAAUCUAGAUGUAGUUAUACAUCGUCACUCGCGAAAAGAGCGACGCAGCGCGCGCCGUUCAACGAAAAACUAACGAUCCGAAAAGAAGGAGGUGCGAGAGCGAGGAGAAAAAAACAGAGAGAAAAUAAUAGGUGACGAAAGCCGAUCUGCCGAAUGGUAAAAUCGAUACUUUUAGCAAAAAAGGAAAAAAAAAAGAAAAACAAACGAAAAAAGAUAAAGAAAUAGAGAAUUUUGUGAAUUCGAUAUAUAGCGUACGUUAUACAUGUAAAAAAUAAAAUUCACGACGAGGCUAGGGCUGCUGCGUCGUUAUUUUUCCCGAACGAAGCAUCAAAUGUAUAGCAUGCAUAUACACACUCGGCACACGAUAGUGUCUAUGUGCAAAUACACUUGCUUCCAAGGGGACGAGUAAAGCAUACGAAUUCUAAAGCUGGUAGCUGUAGUGUAAGUAAAAAAAAGCGGUAGAAUCGCGAAAAGAAAUAGAGAGAGAGAGAGCAUCGAGCUUUGCAAAUGUUACUAUACGUAGUGCAUGUUAUUAUUACGCGAUGGAAGGCAAAAAAGAAAUAAAAGAACUGCUCACAAGGCAGUUCUUCGGUUUCCGUCGCGAGUUCGGAUAUACACGCCAUUGUAAAUGCAUUAAAAUAACCGAGCAAUAAAAGUCCAAAAAUCAUCUCGCGUUCACAUCAAGGGAAAAAGUAGCUCGUGUAUAUGCGCAAAGGGGUGUGGUGGGAGAGCGGGUACAUGUAAUUACGCGAUCUCAUGCGCGUGUUUGUUAGUCGUAAAAGAUAAUAACAAUAAUAAUAAAAAUAAUAAUAAUAAUAGAUAAUAGAUAAUAAUAAUAAUGUACAAUGUAGGGCGAAAAGCACUCGGGAUUAUAAUGGCACAUAAAUAUUAUAGUUGACAUCAACAACAAUAAAAUUAACAAUAAUAACGCGUACCACCGCAUGUUUCGAGUAAAGUAAAAAUCGGUGUACAUAUAAUUCAAAUGAAAUUAACAGAAAAAUGAAUAUAAUACAAGUAUUUAUAUAUGUUGGGAAAAGAAUUUCCACGAGUGUUUAUUACUGUAACCGAGGCAUCCGAGACGUGUGUAUGUCUGUUAUUAGCAGCCGCGAGUUGCGAGCUAAAUUCGGUCGAAUAAUAUAUCAACAAUAAUGAUAAAACGACGGGAUAGUCGAGCAGGGUGUUACGUAAUGUUGCCACUGCCUGCGCCGCUGCUGCUGCUACGAUGCGCUUCUACACAUACACAGCCGCAGCAAAGAUUGUUCGUAUGUGUGUGUGUGUGGGUGGAUGUGAGUGUGUAAUAUGUUUGUAUAGUCGCGCAAGCGCUCUACUAAGCGCUCGUAGCUUUCGAACACACACGCGCGACAUUUUUUGCUUCAACCGACACGAUCUCGCGCGCCCAUACACAUACACACAGAAGAGCGCGCACACGCACCUCGAAGUACAUUGAAUGCUUUAACGUUCGACGCAAUAAAAAAUUUGUAAAAAUUUGACACAAAAAUCUGUAUAGGUCUAGAUGCGAGGAAUGUUGCAUUUUUUUUAAAUAAAUGAAAUACUCUACGUAUUUCGGUGCCAAAUGAUAUAAUUGUAUAACAAGUGCCAAAAUAAUAUAAUUGUAUAAACUCAUUGAGUAUCUCGUGUGUAUAUUGACGAACUAUCUUUGUUGGCUUGUUCAAACAAAUAAAUCAAUUAUUUAUAACGUACAAGUACUUUAUUAUUUUUAAUGUGAUUAUUUACAUCUAAAUACUAAGCAACAUUUUAGCAUAAUACAUUGUACUAACAUAAAAAUUAAGUAUUUGCUGUUUCACUUGAUCUCAUACAAGUAUUAUUCUCGUUGAACACGCAAAAAACGCACAUGUUUUUAUUAUUGUCAAGACUCAUUAAGUAAACAUUUUUAUUUAAGUAAAAUCCAAGACUUUUUUAAUGUUAUUUUUAUUUUAAUUUUGCGACGAAACUAAGGUAAUUCGUGUAACUAUAUAUAGGCAGUUGUAAAUGAAUUUGUAAAUAUUACAUCUUACUAUUCAUAAGAAAAAAUAUUUUUAGGAAUGGAAUGGUAAAGUGUAACAUAAACUUAAAAAUACAUCAUAAAAGUAUUACUUUUUUGUCAAAUCUAAUCGAAAAACCAAAAAAUUUGAUCAGAAAAUCAGCAUUUGCAAAUGAAGAUAAAAUUGCGUCGAUGACAACUGAAGAGCAAUAUAUCGAUUUAGCUAUACAAAGAAAUGUAUAUGCUCUGAAGAUACAAUUUAACAUUAACUGUAUAUGUACACGUUGUCAUAAUAAUCCAACAAUAACAAUAAUAUAAUAAUAUAAUUAUCUAAUCGCAAUGCUUAAUACGACUAAUAAGUAAUUCACGAACCAUUGCAAACUCUUACGUUUGUAUUUACAUCUUCGAAAAAUAAAGAAUAAAUACAAAUGUCAUUUUAAAUUAUAUUAAAGUGAUUUUUUAUAAGAGAGAAAAUGAACAAACAUUGUCGAUUACAUUUCGUCUAUGUACUAUUAUACUUUAUAAGGAAUAUAUAAGGAAUAAAUGGAAAAUGAAAGGACGCAUUAAAUUUUUAAGAAUUUUCAAUUUUACGUUGAC